AUGAUGCAACUCCGAAAUCGCUUCCUCCCUCUGCUCCGCGCCGCCUCCACUCUACACUCCCCAAUCCACCCCCGCGCGUGCCGCCGCCUUCUCUCCACCUCCACCACCCUCCCCACGGCCUUCUCCCUCGAGGACUACCUUGUUGCUGCCUGCGGCCUCGCCCAAACCCAAGUCCGCGAGGCGUCCAAGAAGGUGUCCCGCGAGGUGUCCAGGAAGGCGUCCCGCGAGUUAGAGCUCUCCUACUCCCGUCUCAACUCUGCCUCCAACUCUGAUGCUAUCCUCUCCCUGCUCUCCGGCGCCAGCCUCUCCCGCGCUGACAUCGCCGUCGUUGUCUCCGCGGACCCGCUGCUCCUCCGUGCGUCGGUGAAGAACAUCGCACCCCGCCUUCUUGCUCUCCGCGACCGCGUCGGUCUCUCUACUCCCCAGAUCGCUCGCUUCCUCUUGGUUGGCUCACGCGCUCUCCGCGAGGGCGACGUCCUGGUGGUCACAAAGAGGAAUGCGGCCUUCCUCAGGGCGGGCCUUGAGAGGGAGGUUUUGCUGCGGGCAGAAGAACUUGGGGUGCCUCCCACUUCGCGGAUGUUUAGACUCGCGGUGUCCGUCAUUGCCAAUAAUUCCAAAGAGAAGGUUGCUGCCAAGCUUGAAUUCUUUAAGAGGACUCUUGGUUGUUGUGAGUCUGAGGUUUCCACUGCAGUGUCCAAUAAGCCAACUAUAUUAGAAUUAUCUGACGAGGUUCUUCUUCGCAAGAUUGAGUUUCUUGUCAAUGAGGCUGCAGUGGAGGCACGGGACAUUGUGGAAAGGCCUGUUUUGCCCACAUACAGCCUGGAGAAGCGGCUUGUGCCCCGACAUUAUGUCAUGAAGGUCCUGCAGGAAAAAUGA